GUAGUGAUUUUAUCGGUUCAUGAACAUCACUCGAAUACGCUACCUUGGCGUGCGGUUGCUGAAGCUUGUUAUUAUGUACGCGAGUCCAGCAACGGUGGCAUCGAUCUCGCUGAUCUCGUCCGUGUAUUGGAAGAAGCUCAUGAGAAGCACCCUCAAUCCCAGCUGCUGGCAGCAUUCACUGCGUGCUCGAAUAUCACAGGAAUUUGCAUGGAUGUACCUCAGAUCAGUGCUACUCUCAAGAAGUAUAAUACACUAAGCGUUUGGGAUUAUGCAUCUUCCGCUCCAUAUGUGGAAAUAAAUGUCAACGGUACUCAUCCGGUUGACGCAGUGUUCUUUUCUGGGCACAAAUUCGUGGGCGGAGUUUCUACACCCGGUGUACUCGUUGUCAAAAAGUCGAUAAUAAAAGCGACUGCUCCGAAGCGAAUCGGCGGAGGAACAGUUUCAUCAUCAGGUGAAUGGUACCUAAAGGAUGCGGAAUAUCGUGAGGAAGGCGGUACCCCAGAUAGCGUUGGAAUUAUUCGCUUAGCUCUGGCAGUGAAGUUGAAGAGGGCGGUAGGAGAGCGCACCAUAGUCACUUUGGAAAGACAAAAAUCAGAGCGAUUUCUGAAAGGUCUGAAGAGCUGUUGCAACGUGGUACUGCUCGGAGCGCCUACUGUAGAGAGAUUGUUUUUCCACCAUAAUUACAUCUCCGCCCUUCUGAAUGACCUAUUUGGUAUUCAAAGCCGCGCUGGAUGUAUGUGUGCUGGACCGUAUGCUCAAUAUUUAAUGGGUAUCGAUGAAGAGCUGAAAGCCUCUGAUUACAGUUUAGCGCUACAGUACCUUGAUGCGUUGAGAGAAGCCGAUGGUCUGGAUCGGACCCAUUUACGACGAGUCGGUGAAUAUUCGUCACAUGAAAUGCUACGUCCAGGAUUCACAAGGGUUUCGAUACCGUAUUUCUGGACGGACGAACAAGAUCACCUCGUGGAAUGUAUUCGUUUCGUAUCCGAGCGAGCAGCGGAUUUCAUUCACCUGUACCAACUGAAUUGUGAAAGUGCCGAAUGGCAUCAUCACAAACAACGAACAUUUCAUGCUCGCAAAUGGCUUGGGCACGUUACGUUUACCAGUAAUGGUAUGCUGGUUGAAGACAAGAAG